AUGGCGGAGGGGAGCGAUAUUUCCGUCCACGCUUGGCGAGCCGGCAUAGCAUUCGAAUUCUGGGAUCGUACGGUCGAUAUCGAACAACCCCUCGACCGAGUACAUAUGAAUACGUAUGUCGGUCAGCUCGUUACCGAAUAUCAAGGCAUCUUAACGCUCCGAGCACUCGUACGAGCAUACCAGGAAGACUUCGAGGGAUGGACUACGUACCAGUUCGAGUAUACAUCACGACCAUUCAAACGUGCGAUGCUUAAGACACUCGAACGAAAAGGGUAUCACUUCCCGAGCGGUCUCACCCAAAACGAAAAGCUCGUCUACCCAUUAGACAACAAGGAGGCUGUCAGAACACCUUAA